ACCGCACGUUUCUAUGCGAUAGUUAGCCGAUGGUUUUCAAAUGCAACUCUGAAUAAUUGUCAUUCACAAUGGAAAAAUGGUAUUCACUGCGAAAACGUAAGCAAUGAUUGUGACAAAAUUAACAAAAAACAAAAACAAGAACAGAACAGCUCGGAAGGACAGCAGACCAAAUUUUUGAAAAACUUAUUGAUAAAAUGGAUUUAGUGCCAGAAAACUCCUCCAGUGCAAACAAGAGAACAACAGCAGGCGGCAGGGUGAAAUGGAGUGCCGCGCUUGAGAGCCUGCUGAUUGACAUAUGGAAGGAGAAAAUUGAAGAUUUGCGCGGACCACGCAAAAAUUCACAUGUGUAAAUUAAGUUGUCCGUAUGUCCAAGUAGCCUUAGCUGCUUGAUGCGGUGGUCCUCGUGCGGGUUCCGUGGUAUAGAAUCCUUUAUGAAGAUUAUGUUGGAGAGAUAACUGUCUCUCUUAUCACUGGCCUUGUGGUACAGUGGUAUAGAAUUAAUAAUUCAAAGUGUUUACGGCUGGUUGCCGGAGCAAGGUUUAUUAACAAGCGUUAGCUUUCGUUAUAAGAACAGAACUAAAACUAGGAGCCACCAGCAAGCUGGGGCAUAAGCUGAAUCAAAAGUAUUUAAUUGCCAAAGAAUGCAAAGCUACAAAAUAUAUGUACUUAGAGCUACAAAGCUACAGUCGGUAAGCCGACUUGGCAUAAGCGAUAAUGCUGAUCUUGCGGCAUGUGCAAGAUAUCAGAUUACCGCCGGUUGACCGUCACAUUCAGGGCGCUGAACUGAAGUUCGCUGAUUUGGCAUCUUGAGUGCAAACAACAUGGAGCAGAGCACAUUGGACAACGACAAUCCUGAUGAGUACUUUUCGGAUAUUAUUGAGAUGGACCUGGACGCAUCUUGUAGCUCCAGCACCUUGUCUGGGCGUCCGCCAAAGAAAAAGAAAAAGACCGACAUUUCGUGGCUGGCAGAGAUCGCCCAGGAGCGUCUCGAACAACAAAAGGACCACCACAGAAAGAAGGAGGAGCACGACGUUAGGCAGGAGAAGAUGGUGCAGGACUUGAUCAGCACCCAAACAAAAUUCCAGAACGACUUAUUAGAAGUCUUAAAAAAUAAAAAUAAAUAAGUUUUUAAUUUUCAUUACGGUCUACACAAUAUUUUGCGAUUGCAGAUCGUAUCUGUUCUGCUGACUGAUUAAAGUCAUCAGAACUGUUGCUGGUAUCGGGCUGUUCGCGCUGCUCAUUUGUUGCAAGCUCCCAAUUUUCAUUAAUCGCGCUGUUGUGCAUAUUUAAUAUAUUGUGUAAAAUACAACAGCUCAUUAUUAUG